GAUAUUCAACUCCCGCCCUUUCUCCUCACAUGUCUCAAACAUUAAUGCGCUGGCCACUUCUCCUGUGAUCAUUUAGCUCGCUUCUUUUGCCAGUCCUUCGUGGAGAACAACACUCGGUAAGAGGAAAUACACAAAGCUGACUAGUUGUGGUUUAAUGAAGCUUCUUUGGACGAAACGGAGUGUCUUCUUCACUGGCGGAAGGGUAAAAUUUAGGCAGACUGCCAGAGAAAAGCAACGUAGUUAACUUAUUUGGAGCAGCCAGUUUUAUGCUGUUUGCUUUUCAACCCUAAACCAGAUGUUGUCUUGCUUUUAAAUGUGAAUUUGAUUGCAGUGAAACCUAAUCUACUGAUGUUUGAUUUACACCUUUUCAAACAUAUGUGUAUUGUUUUUCUUUAUAUAAUCAAAGAAAUGGUCGAGUUUUAUUGCGAUUAGAGUUUUAAUCUACUUGCUUCUUCCAGUUUUUGUUUAUGAAUAAGAGUUAAUGCAAAGUAUAGGUAUUCCUCUUUGAGCAGAUGUGAAUAGCAUGCACACUGUAGGCUUACUGUAACUCUGCAAACAAAACCUCAAAUCUCGUUAUUAGAUUGCACUUAGAUCUUCCUUACUUUUCUUUCUCUCACCUCUUAUGUGCCUCUGAUGUGCCUCUCUCAUUACAAGGUUGUACUGUGGUUGUGUCUUUCAUUUUGCACACCUGCUAAUAAUGUCCCAAAUGCUACCAUCUGUCUUUUAUCAAACAUCUGCUCCAGCCCUCACAGUUGCUGUAAACAAAGAGUCAUGGUUCAAGCAAAGAGCUGGGUCCUGGUCAAGCACUUCGACGGCUUCCCGAAGAGCAGCGACUUUGAGCUCAGGGUUGAGGACCUUCCUGAACCCAAGGAUGGAGGUUAGAUGAUGCCUGUCUCUGAUUUGCAGCACUUGAAUUAAGUCUGAGUGCACUUGAACUCUGUUUUUUUUUUUUAUCUCUUUUUGUUUCAGAGGUCCUCUUGGAAGCGGUGUUUCUCAGUGUCGACCCAUAUAUGAGGUGAGAAGAAUAAUCCAUCCAAAAACAUCCUGUUUCUUAUUGUGAAAUUUUGCUUUCUACAGCACAAAAUCUGUUGGGAUAAAAAAGUAAAAAUAUGAUAUGUUUGUGUUUCCAGGCCGUUCAGUGCAUUUCGCAUGCAAGAAGGCGACGUGAUGAUUGGAACUCAAGUGGCCAAGUAAGAAAACAAACCUACACCCACACACACACACAAAGUUUUCUUAUCUGUUCUGCUGUAUCCUGCAAACAGGUCCAGUCCUGCACCUGCAGAUGAUUACUGCUGCCUUUGAUUCACAGACACAGUAACCACACGGAAAAACCAAGAAAUGUCCUUGGCUGGAAGAUCAAACCCUGUUUUUGUUGAUAAUCAUGCUAAAUAAAUUACUUAGAAACCAGAAGAAUCUGUUUUGAAAGCCAGAUGUCUUUUUCUUGCUUUAGUUGUCAAAGACCAGACUUAGUCAACAUGCUGCAGUCGUCUGGAACACCACAACAGAUAAACUCAUAAAGUCUUCAUCUGUUUUUGUGUCUUGUCUUUCUGCAGAGUGAUUCAAAGUAAGAACCCAACGUUCCCCAUGGGGAGCCAUGUUGUUAGUCGCUGCGGCUGGAGAACCCACUCCCUCAGCAAUGGGACCGACCUCAUUCCUGUAAUGCCUGACUGGCCGCAGGACGUCUCACUGUCCUUGGCACUGGGUACCGUUGGCAUGCCGGGGUAAGACACAUGUUACACACAUAACGCUGAACGCAUAGAGGAGUAACAUCUGGUAGCCAGAAGUUAAAGUGCGAGUCAUUUUCUCACGGGUAGUUUACUUUCAAUUGUUUGAAUUUUUUUUCUUCUCUGUGUUUACGACAGUUUGACAGACAUUUGGUGCUUGAAGAGGAAGUAAAAGAUUCCAACAUAAGAACUCUUAAAAGAAACAGGAAGUCAACUUAGAAAGUGUAAACAGCCCAGUUAAGCUGUUCUAAUGAGUGGGAAGGAGUUUGUUUCACAUCGACUUUGACAGUGGACUUUGUACUAAAUAAAGGAAUUUCUAGGUAGAUUCUACAAAAUCAAUAUUGUCACUUUAGGGUCUAUAAAGGUCCUUACACAUCGGGGCCGACGCGACUAUAGAACACAAAAUUACAAAAUAUUCCGAGGCGAGUUUUGACGUGCCUGACUAUACACAUCAAGCCCGAUGCGAUUUUGCAACUUUUCGGACGCAUCAUGGGGAAUAUUUUGCUGGGGAAAGCCCCGCCUCCUUCACCUCUGAUUGGCUAGAAAAGCUGGAAACGUCAUUACAUGCUCAAGCCAAAUGGUCAGCACUGAUAGCCAAUCAGAGGAGAAAAGAUAACCACAUGAAACUAUGGUAACAACCGUUAGCUUACGUUAAAACAAAGAUGUGUAGCAAACUGUUAAAGCACACAAACCAUCGUCAUAUGAGAAAUCCGACGCUAUGACUCUCCACAAGUUGUCCUUCAGGUCGUUAUCUUUGUAAUAUUUGUGUCUUUUAUCAAAAACCACUCUGUUCUCCGACACGUAAACAAUCAGCCGGUCGGCCAUGUUGGAUAUACUGGUGAAUCUGACGUCGCAACAACACGCAAUCUGAUUGGUCAGAAGUGGACACACAGUAUGCGAAACUUCGACCGUAAUCCGAAAAAAUAAAUGCCGCAAUAUCGCAGGACAGGAAAACUUCGCUGAUGUGAACGCUUGUAUUGACAUGAUACGGGUUCGGAAAAAAAUAUUGACGUCCGAAAUAAUCGCACGAAAAAAAACGGUCUCGGUGUGAAAGGACCUUUUGUCCCAUAAAGCAGUGUUCAAAAUUAACUUCUUGACUCAAGUCUUUAUUUUCUCUCUCAAAAAAAAAACUUAUUUAUUAAACAAAGUAGAAGAAUGAAGUUUUUAAAGACCCAAAUCUCGGUGAAUCUGAUUCAUCUAAAGAGCUUUUUGGGAGGUGGGAAAUAAACCUGUGAGGCUCCAGAUGUUUUGUCUUGUCAGUGAUUGAAGUCACCUUAAACAAUCAUGACUUCGCGGUUAUAAACAGUUUACAUCCUGAGGAGCAAAGAAGGACAAAAUCCUUCUUUCUUUUUCGGAUUUGUUGUCUUUAACUUGUUUUUCCUCCAUUACAGACUGACAGCUCUGUACGGGAUUGAAGAAGUCUUGGGCCUCAAGAAAGGCGAGACCCUCCUUGUGAACGCUGCAGCGGGGGCGGUGGGCUCCGUGGUGGGCCAGAUCGCUAAAAUCAAAGGCUGUAAGGUGGUUGGCUCAGCCGGGUCUGAUGCAAAGGUGGCUUACCUCAAAGAACUGGGCUUCGAUGAGGCUUUUAACUACAAGACGGUUGGCUCUCUGGAGGAGGCGCUGAAGAAGGGGUCUCCAGGGGGAUACGACUGCUUCUUUGAAAACGUGAGCAGUGCUAGUCUCAGAUCUUCAGAGUGUCCCUGGAUGUUGAAAAUGUCUGUAUUCCUGUUCACUAAGUGGUUUAACUCUGUUUGAUUUUAGGUUGGAGGGGCUUUUUCAAGCGUUGCCUUGAAUCAGAUGAAGGACUUUGGAAGAAUAGCUGUAUGUGGAGCUAUUUCUACGUACAAUGACAGCAACCCCCAAACAGGUGCGUGAGUCCUUGCUACAUAAUGUGUAUUCGUGUCUCUGUAAAACUACGAUUUCAGUGGAAAGAAAGAGUAUAGAUACAGUCUCAUUCAGAUGAUUUUCUGUCACUAGAGGGCGCCCCUGCGUUUCUAACAUGACAAACAGACCUUACCCUCGACUCUUUGUACCCUGUAAUAACUUUUCAAUGUUCUCCCUCUCUCUUCUUCAGGCCCAUACCCUCAUUUUAUCAUGAUCGUCAAGCAGCUCAAGAUGGAGGGCUUCAUGCAGACCAGGUGGGAGCACAAGCACCCCGAGUCCCUGAAGAGGCUGAUGGGAUGGCUUAAGGAGGUAAGUGACAGAAAUCAAUUUAUGAUCAUUUGAACUCUCUCUGUCUAAUUGUUUGCCACAAGAUUGUAGAGUUGUCCUGAUUUCUGCUCGGCUUUUACCUUUGUAUGUUGGCAGGGUAAACUGAAGAGUCGGGAGCACGUCACAAAAGGCUUUGAAAACAUGCCGGCUGCUUUUAUGGGGUUGCUGCAGGGAGACAACAUCGGCAAGGCUGUUGUCGCAGUCUGAUGUGGGACGCAGGAUCUGGAGAAAUCAUUGUUAUUGAUGAUUUACAUGAUAUUACAGAUUACAUACAUGAAGGACUGAGCAACAUAUAAUUACAAAUAACCAAACAUAAUCACAUAUUGACGCUGUAAAAGGUGACAUAGGCAUUAAAACAAGAAGGGCUGUAAGCACUACUGUCUAGAAACACAGUAAUGAAGGCAAUAAAAUGUGAAUUAUAGUUUUGAGCACUUAGAUAAGGAGACCUGUUAUUUUCAUCUUUUAGUAUGUCAGUCUGGGACACAUAUAGAGUAGCUUUUUAGCUCAAAUAACUCAUUGUUCCUAAACUGGCACCUCUGAAAAACCUGAUUUCAGCACCACCCAGUCUCUGCCCAGAGCGCCUCAUUUUGACCAAGUCAGACAGCUUGUUGAUGUUACUUUUUACACGGUUUUGUAGACACAGAUAGCCAAAAAUAAUGCCUGUAUUGAAAACUGGAGGCAAGAAGAUACUCCUAGCCUAGCCCCUAAUGUAACCCUGUUAGCAUAUAUUAGUUAUCGUUUUACUAGCUGCUGUGUUUAUGUUACUUACAGCUUGUAUUCCCGAACAUUUAGUGCUUAACAGAUUGAGCAGUCCCAAGGUUCAGUAGCAGUUGCGUCCAGGGUUUUACUGGCCUCUGUUUACAAAGGAGGUAUCGGUGAAGUGGCGAGCACAAACAGUCGUGACUUGGCUGUUGUCCUGAAGACAGAAGCAUUAAUUUGUCCUAAUAGGGCAGCACAACCUCACAUCAGGCUGCAGCCAUAUCUCAAAACGAGCUGUUGUUUACCAUCUCCCAUUCUUGCCAUGUGAGACUUUGAACAUCCAACUCUGUAGUGUGUUAAAUUAUAAAUCAGUGCUAUCAGGUCUCCAUUCACAUUAGAGAGUUCUCCCAAGGUUAGUUUUGAGAUAUUUUUUCAAAAAUUGUUUACAAUUUCAAAAAUAGAGACAAAAAUUUGACACUUGACUUUCAGAAAAAUAAGUAUUAAAGAUAAAAAUCUUUGCAUUUCCUCCUCAUGUUGGUAAUGGCAUGUUUUGACCACUAUCCAGACAACAGUCUCCAUACUGUACAAGACUGAGUUUAAUACUUGAUACAUGUGUCAUUGUAUUGUUUAACAUGUGAUUUUCUAAAAGGAAUAAAAAUUGGAUGCUUUUUAA